AACCACAAAGAGGAAGAGACAGAGCGACAGAAAGAGACGUCUGCGAUCGAACAGAAGAAAUAUGGAUUUAAAGAGUGUUUUCUUCCUGUUGUGUUUCUCUCUGCUUCAGUCCAGAGGAGACAGUGUAGAGUCCAUCAACAUCUAUCAGUACAACAGAACUGGAGAAGACGUCACUCUGCUCUGUGACAGAGUAAAACAUUAUGGGCCAAACUGUUCCACAGUGAACUGGAAUCACAAUAACGGAGAUACAAAUACAUAUCUGGUUCGGAAAGGUCAGAUUGAGAACAGCCCCACAUCCACCAGGCUGACUCUGAAUCCAGACUGUUCUCUCUCUAUUAAGAACAUCACUGAAGGAGACUAUGGGAGAUACUUCUGUGAAACACUGAACACUCAAAAUAAAUAUUUCACAUUUAUCUACCUGAGUGUUCUCUCUGUUUCCGUAACUCAACCUAACCUCAACCAAACUCCAACUGGACACAUCACCUUACAGUGUAAACUGUGGAGAUUCUCCUCUCGUCGUCAGAACAGUUUUCUCUGGUUGGACAUAAACGGCGUGGUCCUGUCUGGAGAUGGUGUAACUCAGAAGAACUGUGAGUCUAAUCUGACAGUGGAGCUCCAGAGUCCACAGAUCAGGACCUUCACCUGUCAGUACCAGGAGAACGACAGGGUCCAGGUGUCUGCAGAGUACAGCCUGAUGAGGGACACAGGUGCCUCACCUGCCGCUGAUGCUACGGAUGAUCCAGAAAAUGGAGUGACUUAUGCAAUGAUUGAGCACCACACACCCAGAGCUAAAAUACAGCUUAAAGAAAAUGAUGACGUAACUUACUCUGAAGUGAAGCGACAGAACACAGCAAAGUCUGAGCAGAGCGACAUCUACAGCCAAGUGAAAAAGAAACCACAAGACUGAACACAAGGAUCAAGGUCAAGAUUUAUCAUUUGUGCAUUAUGAGAUGGUGUUACAAUAAUAAAAACAACACAUCAAACUUUACUCUUCAUAAUUUAGAUUAAGAAAAGAAAGUUUAGAGGUAAAAACACCUGCAAUAAAAUGAAUGUACAGGACUACUCAGACAAAUGAUACAAAACACAAGUCAAGUACAAAACAAGUCGAGUUUCUGAUAAAGAGACAUUAUAAUGGUUAAUGUAAAAAAAAAAGCUUUGACAAUGUUUAAAUCCAGCUCAAAACUGUUCUGUUGAGCUGCACAAACAACUGAAAGGUUUUUAUUCUUCUCUUUUUAUUUUAUUUUAUGAUGAUUAUUUAUGUUCUGUUAGUGACAAGACCCAAGAACUCUCUGUAUUACAACAAGAAAUCUGCAUUUUAACAAAACUAAUUUUAUCUGCCCUCGUCUGUGUUAAAUAUUAUUGGCUGAUAGAAUGUUGUGAUGGCGUCUGAAACUCAGCAAUAAAACAAAGUCUCUCCUCUCACAAUAAUGUAUUUGAGCUAAAGGAGACUGUAUUGUAAAAGUCACUUCAGUGGGGUCCCUCAGGGCUUUGUUUUCAGGCCACUGUUGUUUUCAUCAACAUGUAAUUUAUCGUAGUUCACUUUGUAAUUGUAAUAUCCUUUUCUUGUAAUUUUGUGAUGCUUAUUUAUGUUUUGUGUUUUUAUUUUAUGUUUAUUUGUAUUGUGAUGUUAAUGUUUUUCUUAUUCUGUAAAGCAAUUUGAAUUACUUUGUACAUGAAAUAUUUCCUUUUAAGUCAUGUAAAUACAAUGUUUUGUACCGUUUUUACAAAGGCUUAAUACUGUAAAUACGUUUAAUGUUAACUGACUGAAGAAAAAAAUCACACAGUAAAGUUAAAUCACUGAUUUGUUUAUUACAUUUGCAGGAGUGAUUUAGCUGUAACAUCUGCACAUUAGUCACAGCUUAUUGUAUUUUUACUUUUUUAUCAGUUUGACAUCAUUUAAAGUGUCAGUAUCAGUAAAUGUUUUAUGUACAGGGCUUUUUAAUAAAGUCUGUUUUUCACAAA